GCUUUAGGAUGCUGGAGCGGAGCAGUAGCGUAUCAUCAGGACCAGAAGUGUGAGUGGGAUGAAGACACUGAGUGAGAUGUAAAUGGGGAAGAAGAAUGUCAUCAAGAGAAAUUGGAUAUCCAUAUGAAUUUAAAGUGCUUUGCAUUAAAACACAAACAGCAUCACUUCUCUCUGAAGUAAUCCAUUACUGACAGUUAAUGUCAAACUGCACACUGGAGCAGCUUCAUGCUGCCUCGCUGGGUGAAACAUUGCUAAUGGAAAGAAAGCUUUAUAAGAUCCUGCUGAUCAAAACACACCUAAAUGCAGCAUAAUGCCUUCAAAAGUGUCAUGUUUAUACCUGUUGACUGUGGUCUGCUGGGCGAGCGCUCUGUGGUACCUGAGUAUCUCUCGCCCGACGGGCACCUAUGUCGGCCACAUGUCUGUGCCUAUACGCAAGGCUGCGAAACCCCCAAAAAACAUCACCUUCACCAACAUCCACACCCGCUCCCUUAACCCACAUGCCUUUGAAUUUGUCAUCAAUGAGCCGAAGAAGUGCGAAAGUGACGCUCCCUUCCUGGUCAUCCUCAUUAGCACCACGCACAAGGAGUUUGAUGCGCGGCAGGCCAUCCGUGAGACCUGGGGGGAUGAGAGCACCUUCGGCGACAUCAACAUCCUCACCAUCUUUCUGCUGGGCAGGAACACAGACCCCGUCCUGAACCAGAUGGUGGAGCAGGAGAGCCAGAUCUUCCAUGACAUUGUGGUGGAGGACUUUAUUGAUUCCUACCACAACCUCACCCUCAAGACCAUGAUGGGCAUGCGCUGGGUGGCUACCUUCUGCCCCAAAGCGCAGUAUGUCAUGAAGACCGACAGCGACAUCUUUGUCAACAUGGACAACCUGAUCUACAAGCUCCUGAAGCCCACCACCAAGCCAAGGCGGAGAUAUUUUACUGGCUAUGUUAUAAACGGUGGUCCCAUAAGGGAUAUGCGCAGUAAGUGGUAUAUGUCCAGGGACUUGUAUCCCGACAGUAGGUACCCACCUUUCUGCUCAGGCACCGGCUACGUGUUCUCAACGGAUGUUGCUGAGCUCAUCUUCAAGACUUCAUUACACACAAGACUGUUACACCUGGAGGACGUGUAUGUGGGACUGUGUUUGCGUAAGCUGGGUAUACACCCGUAUCAGAACAGUGGUUUUAAUCACUGGAAAAUGGCCUACAGUCUCUGCAGGUACAGACGGGUUAUCACUGUGCACCAGAUCUCCCCGGAGGAGAUGCACCGCAUUUGGAACGACAUGUCCAGCAAGAAGCACCUGAGAUGUUAAGAGACCCAAGGGCCACUGAACAACAACUUCUUUUUCUUUGCCUUUUUCCUCCUUGUAAAAACACUGACGGCUGCUGCAAGCCUCUAUUUGAUGACAAAUGUUUUCAUUAGCAUCCAUCUAUGUCUAUCUCUGCUGAUCAUGCAUCACGAUUGUUAAUGAAUGCAUGAGGCUUGUAAAGCGCGUACGCCCACGCAUAAUCAAAACAUGGUGUUUGUUACUGAAAAGUAAUUUUGUAUUCCAAGUACAAAAUUUAAGCAGAAUAUUCCUUAUAAGCAUUAAGUCAAUCAGUGCGAAGCAUUAAGUAGUGUGGCCUGAUGGGUAGAGACUGUGUUUGAAAGCAGAUGACCUUGGUUCAAGCCCUGCUAAAGUGUCCUUGAGCAAGACACUGGAUCUCUACCAGCUGCAUGGCUGCUGAGUAAGCACUCUGAUCUUCCUGUAGGAGAGCAAGCCAAAAAGACAAUUUCUGUGCAGGAAUUAAUUAGGUACUAAAUUACUAUAUCACAACUAUAAUAGUAUACGAGAGAGCAAAUGGUAAUCAUAUCGAACAACGAACCAGAUUGUCUGUUGAGGUAAAACUACAUAGACACGCUAGCUGCUCUCCCCUUUUUUCAUCUUUAUAAUAAACACAGUUGAAUAUAUACGCUGCAGUAUAUCGUUAGUCUCCCAACAGACCGAACCACGUUGAAAGUUCAUUUGAUAUUUUUCAACUGAUCAUUUUUCCUUUGCAUUGCUAAAAGUGAAACCACAUAGGAUGUUCUUUUAUUUAUGAAUUUUGCCUAAUGUUUUUGUUUACAUAUUUUUAUAACUUCACUGCCUCUUCUCUCCGAUAAAGCCAGAUGUAUAUUUUGUUUUUUAAAUGCAUUCAGUUUUUUCUCUCCUCUUUGACAUUUUUUGUACUUGAGGUAAUUGUGUGUCUCAGCUACCAGCUCGUUACUCCAGCUGCUGCUCUUGGUUAAUGAUUGCUGUAUGUCAGCAGCUAUUGCAGCGCAUCGCCUCCUCCAUAUAUCAAGAGAAAUACAGUAUCACAUUGUUCAAGUAGGAGUUUAGCUGUAGCUAAGGCCAUUACAGACUGGAUGUAUCAGUGUAUGUAUCUGGCAUAUCAGUGAUAACUGAAGCGCUGCUACUGACAUCACGGAAAGAUUUUGUGCUUCUCAGAAAAUGUGGCUUUCAUGGACAAAUUUUCAUUUCUUUUUUUGAAGGGUUUUGUAGUAUUAAAAGCUAAUGUGACAUUUACUGUGAAAAGCAUCCAUCCCGCAAGGGGUUGUUGUUAUAUAUUGUAUGUUUUUUAUAUUAAAAAACAAAUAAUUAAAGUUACAUUGCUGCUUUCACUUGUUGCCUGUUUUGAGUUCCCCGUUAUACAUUUACAGAAGGUUACUUUAACUUUAUUGAAGAAGAAGUCAUUGUGUGUGUAAUUAAAGAACAGGUUGUUUUGUGGUCACAGAAGGGAGUAUUUUAAAUGAUUUAGCUAUUUCAAGCAGACUUACAUAGCUUCUUGAACAACGGAUUUGGCUACAAAUCUAAAAUUAUACUUUAACAAAAGCAUAACUAGAGAUGAGGCUUUAAAGUCAGCAAACUCACUCUAU